CGAGAUAUCGCCCCAUAAGAGCAACCUUUUCAUUCCCAUACACCGAAGACGAACUACCUAUAGCCACCAACACUGCUCAUGCAUGCCACUUCUCCUCGACAGACUCUGUGCCCUGUCAUACCACCUAUAUCUCCAAGGUACCUCCCUCAUAGCCUGACCUUGGACAAGACGAGGCGUGUCACACGAACCACCGUCGAAACCUAUAAUUCUCACAAGUUCUCAACCGCCGAUGCGAACUACCUGCUUGGGAAGGGAACAACCCCCCGCGCUUAUUACUAGGAAGCCUGAAGCGAGUUGGCGUACCUUGCACCGUGGCGAAAAAGAAGACAACGCAAGAUAUGUCUGGAUGUGGGUAUCCUACCGAGUCGCUCUAUUCGUAAUUGGAAAGCAGUGUUACUGGAAUUUAAAGUGGUACUUGUCCAUUCUGGAAAGCAACUCCCUCCCAAGUAGGGUAUUCUUGAGUCCAUCGCGUUCAUUUCCCAUCCUACAGCUGAAAAUCAACCUUGGUUCCUUUCUCUUUUCUUCCCCUCCUAUAUCCGAAACUCCCACAGGCAUAGACAGAUCCACAUUACCUAGCAAUCAGACAAAACACCCUCGUUGUCAAUCGGGAAAGGGCACCACAGACAAUUGUACCUUUGGGGGGCCAGCCCCACAACCUUUGAAGUAA